CGGCCACUAUCACGGGGAAGAGUGCUGUGCUGUCGUUGCAAGAUAUCGCCACCCGGCGUAACUUGAGGAGAGCACAACGGGUGUGGUGGGUGAGACAUCGAGAAGCUGCUAGUCCUCGAGUCCCAUCGCAAUGGCACACCCGGCGAGGAGCGAGUUCGUCGAUCUCAUCCUCCCGCUUCACGACCGCCUCAAGCUUUACGAUCGCACCAAACCACCGUACGAUCAGCCCACGAACGAUGCGACCGAUCCCGCUCGAGCUGUUCCAGAAAGCUUCAUCGACGCUAUGCGCGUGCGUCAUUCAGUAUACGUUGAAGAGCAAGGAGUGCCAAUAGAGCGCGAGCUCGACGACAGCGAUCCCCGCAGUUUUCACUGGGUGGCAUAUGCCUCCGUCUACAAAAAGAGGGCAUCCACCGACGGCGAUGCAGAAGAGGAGAAACUGGACCACAAUAAGCGCCGCAAAUCGAGCAGCACCAAGAUGCCCAUUGGCACCAUCCGCAUCGUGCCGCCGCCUCAUCCACCCCAUCCCAACGGCAAAGAGGACACUGCCGUCCAAUCGAGCAACGAGAGCUUCAUUGAGCUCGGCGAGCUGGCGGUUAUCCCCGAAUAUCGCAAGGUCGGCAUCUCCAAGCUUCUCAUCGAGACUGCAUUGGCGUUUGUGCGCGAUCACCUGGACGACAUCUUGCCUCGCUACGAUCCGAAGGUGACGGAGUCGAUGAGGUAUCAUGGCACCAUGGCGAAGGAGUUCAAGGGGCUGGUGUUGGUGCAUGCGCAGAUUGGGGUGCAGAAAGUGUGGAGGAGGUUUGGCUUUGAGACGGAUGAGAGCAUGGGCACGUGGGACGAGGAGGGCAGGGAGCACGUUGGCAUGUGGAAGCGAGUGGAUGUCAAGAAGGGGAGACGAGAGAGUAAGAUUGUGCUGGAUGGAACGUUGUAGGGGAGGGUGUUCGGAUGGUAUUGUUAGAAGAGGUGAGCAUCAAGUUGGGCGUAUAGCAUUCUUGUAGCGUCUCGUCACGAAUCGAUGACGGCGUUGGUAUUCCUUUCGUCGCCUAAGAAUCCUUGCUGGGAGCCUUGUCU